AUGAAUGCUGUUUGCUUCAUACUAGUCUUGUUUUGGCUGAGUCCAAUUUAUUUAGCCAAUGCCGAAAUAAAAAACAUUACCUAUUUCACCGAGUAUAUACCGAACGCAAAUAUCGACAAUCUGACGUGCAAGAAGCACUACUCUUCCUGCCAGGCGAUCGACCCCCAGCAGAGUGGUAUCCAAAAGAUCAAAGUGGGCAACGAUGUCUUUGAUGUCUAUUGCGAUUCGACUAUAGCCGGAAAGGGCUGGACGGUCAUUCAGCGAAGGGUCAGUAACGAAGUGAACUUUUACCGCAAAUUUUCCUCUUAUGAGAAGGGCUUUGGUGACCUAAACGGCAGCUUCUGGAUUGGCCUGGAGAAGCUAAACAAGAUAACGUCGCUGGAGUCCCAGGAGCUGUAUAUCCAUCUGGAGGAUUUCAGCGGAGAGACCCGAUUUGCUCGCUACAGCCUGUUUAAAGUGGGGGACGUUUACAGUAAUUACGAGCUUAGCUCGUUGGGCUCCUACACUGGAACUGCCGGGGAUUGUAUGACCUACAGCCUUAACCAACCUUUUAGCACAUUUGACAAGGAUAACGCUGGAAGUUGUGCUGCAAUUAGACAUGGAGCUUGGUGGUAUAAGACCUGCCACGGGAGUAAUUUGAAUGGUCUUUACUUGGGUGGUGCUUACGAAGAUGAAUAUAUGAUUGGCUCUGGAAUAAAUUGGGAGUAUUGGAAGGGCUUUUAUUACAGCUAUAAAACUGUACAUAUGAUGGUGCGUCCGAACUAAGCCAAAGUGACAUACUUAAAU